UUUUCUUUAGGGUAGUAGGCUCGCCUCCCUUUGUCUCGGGGUGAAACUCUCUCUACAGAGCCUUCAGCCAGAGUGAUUUCAGCGUCUGCAAUCCUGUCUUCAACAGUCCUCUGGACACUGCUGAUAUAUUUCGACGGGAGCCUUUGUUGGACAAGAUGGUGAUGGGCUUGGGUCCCCUGUUGUUGGUCUUCAUGCUGGUUCUGGGUCUGACCCCGUCAACCUUGUCUCAGGAUGACAUCGCAUACAGAAACUUCCUGACCCGGCACUAUGAUGCCAAACCCAAAGGACGGGAUCACAAAUACUGUGAAAGCAUGAUGGGAAAACGAGGCAUGACCAGGCCCUGCAAAGACUUCAACACCUUUGUCCAUGGCACAAAGGAAAGCAUCAAAGCCAUCUGUACCGAUGAGAACGGGAGCCCUUAUGGACCAGAAUUCAGAAUAAGCAAGUCUUCUUUCCAGGUCACCAACUGCAAGCACUAUGGAGGGUCCUCCCGCCCUCCCUGCAAGUACAGAGCCACAUCGGGGUCCAGAAGAAUUGUUAUUGCUUGUAGAAAUGGCUUGCCUUCUCAUCUCGAUGAGUCCAUUUUCCAUGUCUAACC